AUGAAGCUGAAAGCACUCUCAGAGUCGACCAGCGCUGGGCACAAUAGGCUCGUAUCGAUCCCACAUGGUUGGGCGAUCUACCCAGUAGUGCUGCUGAUGGCAGUGCUUUGCAGACACCUCAUUCUCGACGACGAUCCGAACAAAUGUCAAGCGUUGACCCGAGGUGGCCAUUGGUACCAAGACAAGUGGCUCGUGCCAGGCUGUGAUACUGCCGACCACAACAGACGUGAGAUCAAGGACUGUGCAAAUGGCGAGUCUCGCAAGAUUGUUGUGUUCGCUGGCGAUUUGCAGACCCAAGGCACUUACUGGGCCAUUGCACAACGACUCGACAGUAGACUCCAUGUCCCAGAAGUCCGGCAGCAGCGCGGCGAGGACCUCAACUUUAGCAAGGAUAACAUCGAGGUCGAAUACAUCUGGGAUCCUUACUUGAAUGGUACCAAGAUCAUUCACCGCAUGGAAGAUCUCCGCGAUGGCAAAGCCAUCAAACCGAUGCUCACCGUUAUAGGCGCUGGCCAUUCAUUCGUGGACAGAGACGAGGGCGUGCAAUACGCUAAGGCCGUUGAGAGUCUUGCUUCCAUCGCCUACUCAUCCAGCGAAUUUGCCCGAAAGCCAGCAGGAUCAAGUGAUGUUUUCACAUUUCUCGAUGGACCUGGUGACCUUCUAUUGCUUGCACCUGCCGAGAGACCCUUCAACCACGAUGGCAGCGCGCCUGAUUUGACACCGGUCCAGGAAGCGAAUGAUGCACUCAAGGCUGCUGCAGAUGCACAUCCCGCCAUCUCGAUCAUGUGGAGCUUCAGCGACAUGACCGAGCCACGCAAGGAGAUGUAUGCCAACGACGGCAUCAACGUCUCGGGUGAGGUGUCGUGCCGGCGUGCCGAUGUGUUGCUGAACCUACGGUGUAACGCAAGGAUCGGCAGGUAUGAUGGCUUCAUACACAAGGGGAUAUGCUGUGGAGUUUGGAAAAGGAACUGGAUUCAGAUCGGAUUUCUGAUCAUCGCACUUGCCAUUCUUCCUCUGGUCCUGCUCGCAUAUCUUAAGCUCCCCUACCUUAGCGAUGCGAAUCGGCCUGUUGUCAGGGCCACCUGCGCCUUCACCUCUGUCGUAACACUGCAGUACAUCACGGACAGGACUCAUGUCUUCGAGCAGGUGAAGCGAAUACCUCUUGACUUGAAUAAUCUUGGCAGCAUGAUCUUGAUCACAUUUGUGGUCGGCGCUGCCACGCUACGCCCUUGUAAACCAGUUCGAAAAUUUGCACCAGGCGAGAAAUUCCCGGAUCAGCCAUUUCUACCACGGGAUCAGACUGAUGAGUGGAAAGGCUGGAUGCAAGCACUCAUCAUCAUUUACCACUACAACAUGGCCUGGCGUGGAGCUGAUUGGUUCUGGGAGAUUAUCCGCCUUACCAUGGCGUCCUACCUUUUCCUGACCGGCUUUGGGCAUACAGUAUAUUUUUUGCAGAAAAAGGACUUCUCUGCGAAGCGCUUCGUGAAUGUCAUGAUUCGGACGAAUUUGCUGCCCAUAACAUUGGCCUACGUUCUGGGCACACGCUGGGUGCUAUACUACUACAUGGCAUUGUCAACAUUCUGGUACUGCGUGUCACCAUGGCCGUGA